AUGUCACCGGGCUCUUCCGGGUCCAGCGCUGGUCAACAUCAUCCACCACCACCAUAUCGAUUUCAUCAAUUGCCCCACACUCCUUCAUCAUCAAGGCCGCCUUCACGCGCACCUUCACCGCCCCUAAUACACGGUGGUAGUGGUCAGCCGGGCACAUUCGCAUUGAAUUUAGGCAAUCACGGAGGAUACUAUACCUUUACCAUACCAAUCACAAUGCAACGUGUUUUAGGCAUCCUUCUGCGGAGAUGGAAGACGAUCUUAUUCGUCACAAUGUUUGGCACUUUGGCCGCUUUUGGCAUGUUUGGAGCAAUGUGGACAGAAUGGAGAGAGAUGACGUAUUAUCGUGUUGAUCCUUAUCCAAUCGUUUCAAAAUCUUCGCCUACGAUCGAUUUGAGCGAUACAACAACAAAAGGCUUUCCCAAAACACCUUCAGGCAGUGCCAACCUCAAAUUCAACAGGUGUCCUGGACCGCACAACAAGCUCAUCCCUGUUGCACCCGAACAAGUGUACGAAACGCCAUCUUCGCAUCCUAUCCCAUUGGUGGGUGAUUACAAAUUAGUCGGAAUGGAUUCGACAAAGUGCACAACAUAUCGAGGACGGUAUGGAAUGUAUUCCGAUGAGGCGCUCGGUAUCACCUAUCGCGCCGAUGUUGAUAUGGAGAUGGAACAAAUAAGGAAAGACAAGGAGGCUCUAUAUGAUGAUGAUCCAGAGAAUCCUAAACCGGUCUAUCACGAUGUCGCUGAAGCUGAAGCAGCAAGGAAAGCAGCUGGAACUUCACAAGCUAAGGCUGAUAAACCCAACAAGUCCACAAUUCCAGUUGAAGAUUCGCUAUUGGGACCGAAAAAGCCAGCACAAUGGCCAGAAGAAGAAUGGGAGAGAUAUUUGAGAGAUCGUAUGUGGCGUGCAAAUUUCCGAUCGGAAGAUUUGGGUCCCGGAAGUUACCCUGAUUGGCGUGGAUUGAUGGACGCUUGCUUUGAACAAAGAGAGCACGAACGUGGAAGAGCGGGAGGAGUGGAUCCUUUCGACCCUAUCACCCAACCUGUUGCUGAAGAAUUGCAAAAACAAGGCAAAGAAGACGCAGCACCACGUUAUAAGACCAAUCCAGAAACAAAGAGGACAGCUUUGGUCAUGCGAUCGUAUGAAGGCUAUGUGUGGAGAGAAGACGACAUCUUGAAUUUGCGGGCACUAAUAUCCGAAUUGUCCCUCAACAACCCCUACACGCCUUACGACAUUCGUAUCUUGGUCGAAGUACAUGGACGUCAUCUUUCCGUCUUCACAUCAGAGUGGGAUCGUCUAAAUGUUCUACGAUCAAGUGUUCCACGUGAAUUCUGGGGCUUGGUGGAACUAUGGACAGAAGAUGAGAUGUGCGCAUUGUAUCCUGGAUUGCCAGGUAAAUUCCUCAAUCACAUGAUCGCUCAAAGUUCUUACCGAUCGUGUCUCAUGCCCUUGCAAAAGUUCUACCUGGACCAUCAAGAAUACGACUUCAUUUACAAUUGGGAAAUGGACGUUCGCUACAUCGGUAAUUACCGUGAAUUCUUUGAGGGAAUAGAAGAUUACGCAAGAGAAGAGCCACAAGUCGUCGGACUAGAUAAGUACGACACCUGGUUUGUCAAGAAUGUUACUGUAUCCGAAGAGAAUUGGGCAAACAAUGUCACUUUGGUGGAAGGAAGAGGAGAAGAAGCUGAUUUGAUCACACUUGGUCCUAUCUUUGACCCACGCGGAUCAGGAUGGUACUGGGAGUAUGAUGUUCAGAAUUACCCGCAAGGGCAAGCAACCCAUAGAAGAGCGUCCAUCGGAACGAAUAUGCGUAUGUCAAGGUCCUUAUUGGACGCAAUGAAUGUGGUGAAUGCAGAGGCAAAGAAGUCUUUGCAUUGUGAAGCUUGGCCAACAACUUUGGUGCUACAUUCUCAAUUACCAGCAUCUCACGAUCACAGUUUCUAUCCUGAAGCAGGCUUCACACACAAUCUACCGCUACCGUUCAAAGGUGUUUAUGCGCCACAUCCUGUCUACUUUAGACAUUAUUGGGAUGCAGAAGUGUUGCACUCAAGGAUCAAUAGACCCGAUUUCUACAAAAAGGUGAACGAAAAAGUGAUGCGAGAUGCAGCAUUCUAUUACGAUGGUGCUCAUGCGAAAGAGAUGUACGUAGGAUGGAAGGAGAGGCCUGAUGUUUGUAGGGCGCCGGUGUUACUACAUCCAAUCAAACGUAUCAAUUGA